AUGAAUGAAAAGACACUGAAUGACUUGGAAAUAGCUUGUGCAUUAGAAGAGAUUUUUGGUUUACCUGAUGAUCCCGAUGUGUCAGAUGAUAAUUUGGAAUCCGAUGAAGAAGAUGUGCAGUACAGUACAGUGAAACUUCAAAGAAUUUUAGAGAGCCUUGAUGAGCCUCAUGAUGGAAUUCUAGCACCCACACCUGAUCCACCUGAUAGUCUUAUUAGUAAUAUAAGUAAUGCGUCUGUUGAAAACCAACCUAGUCCAUCACCUCAACCAACCAACAGUGACCGGCUUAGGCGGGCAAGAAUAAUCCAAAAUGCACCCAGUACUUCUGGCACUCAACAGACCUUACGGCGACAACCACAAUCACCAGUAGCAAAUACUAACUCAGAUUCGGAAACAGAUGAUUCAGACGGCGAAGAGGAAACAUGGAAAAAAACUAUGUGGACAACUGAUCGGCCAAGUCCUAGCGUUUACGAUGAAAUUCCGAUGGAACCGGCAAUUAUGUUUAGCAGCCGUACUAGACCUGUAACUGUAUUUGAAAAAUUCUUCACUGAUGAAGUCUACGAUUUGAUAAUAUAUCAAACAAACUUAUAUGCAGAGCAAAGGAAAGAUGAAGGAUGGACACAAUUAGAUAAAAAAAGAACUGAAGGCCUUUGUAGGGAUUUUUAUAAUAAUGGGAUACAAUAUUCUGCCUUCUAUUGA